GAGUGUUGGAGAUGAUAUCGCGCCGUUGAAGUUGUCGUGGUGUUUUGAGUUUUCGGUGAAAUAGAUAUAGAUAGAUUUGGAAAGAGUGCACAUUGUGGGUGAAGAUGUAACCUGAGUGGUGUGUGAGGGUCAUUAGCGAGCGCUGCUGUAAGAGAUUGAUUGUCCCAGUUGUAAAAUGCCAGGUGUGCAGAGCGAGGGAGCUGCAGUCGGUGUGGGGAGUCCGGUCAGGAAAAACCGUCUGUCUUUAAAGUUCUUGCAAAGAAAAGAAACCAAGCGUGCACUUGACUUUACUGAGCCUCAGGCUGAGGAAUCAAACACUGCAGAACCAGCAGAGGCCACAAGCUGUGAUCAGGUUGUGCCAGCGCCUUGUCCCUCAUCCCUUCCCUGUGAAAAAAGAGAGAACCUAGUACCUUUUGUUGGCCUUAACAAUUUGGGAAACACCUGCUACCUUAACAGCAUCCUUCAGGUCUUGUAUUAUUGCCCAGGUUUUAAAGACGCUGUAAAGUCGCUGUGUCAGUUGUCCAAGUCAAAGGACAAACCGAAAGAAGAAGACACCAAAAAUGCAGAGGGUGAAGCGAGUGAAGUCUCGAUGCCUGUUCACAUGGAGUUACUGCACAGCCUUCAGAGUUUAAUAUCUUCUGUGGAGCAGCUGCAGUCCACUUUUCUGUUUAACCCAGACAAGUAUAACGAAGGAGAGCUGGCCACACCCCCACGCAGGGUACUCAAUACACUCAGACAACUGAAUCCUAUGUAUGAGGGCUAUCUGCAGCAUGAUGCACAAGAGGUACUGCAGUGCAUCCUCGCCUAUAUCCAGGAGGCUUGUGACACCAUUAAGAAAGAUCUUGGAACCAACCAAGCUGAAAAACCAGGGGAGUGUGAGCACAUCACUAAAGGCACAACAACACUUACCCAAGAGGAAGAGGAAAGCUCUGAUGGACAGCUGAGUGGGAAAAGGAAGAGUGACACAGAAGUGGGAAAUGCCAAGAAGAAGCCCAAGUCUCAGGGCAAACCCAAAAAAACCGAAGAAGAAUGCAGACCUUUCACCCGCUCAAAGAGGAAAUCUUCCGGGGAUAUGGCUGGAAAUCCUGUCAGUGCCCAGCCAGAUGUGGCAGAGAAGGACAAUAAGGAAAAAGAGACAGAAAGUAACACGGAGGAAGAAAAGACCGAAGGAACCGCAAAGGAUUCGAAUAAAAGGAAGAAGAGGGUGAAGCUGAACUGGCUAAAACCUUCAGGAAAGCAGCCCAGUAUUUUCUCCAAAUUCCGCAGCAUGGGUCGAAUCAGUUCUCACGUGGGAGACCGAGCAGAAAGCAAGGACCAGGACAAGAGUCACAGUGACCCUCAGGGUAAAGCCACAUCCGAAAGUGAGAAGACCAUCCAAAAUCAAACAGGAACCGGAAGAGAAGCAGAACUCCAAGGCUUGGAUAUGCUGAAGCAGCUGUUCCAGGGUCAGCUGGUGCUGAGGACGCGCUGCCUAGAGUGUGAGUGCUACACCGAGAGGAGAGAGGACUUCCAGGACAUUAGUGUACCAGUGCAGGAGGAAGAGACCAGCUGUUCAGAGGCCAGUUCAGAGAUUUCUCCAGAUCCUAAGCCAGAACAGAAGACCCUGAGGUGGGCCAUCUCUCAGUUCGCCUCUGUGGAGCGGAUCGUCGGUCAGGAUAAAUAUUUCUGCGAGACUUGUCACCACUACACUGAGGCGGAGAGAAGUCUCCUGUUUGACAAGACGCCUGAAGUUGUCACCAUUCACCUUAAGUGUUUUGCAGCCAGUGGCUCUGAGAUGGACCCGUAUGCUGGACUGUCAAAGGUGAACACGCCUCUUCUCACUCCCCUCAAACUCUCCUUGGACGAAUGGACCACACGACCCUCUGGUGGGCACCAGGAGCACCACUACGGACUCUUCGCUGUGGUCAUGCACAGCGGCGUGACCAUCAGCAGCGGCCACUACACCACCUACAUCCGCAUGACGGAGCUCCACCGCACCCAUCUCGAUCCCCGGUCUCAGGAGGAAAGUCAGAAAGAGGAAGACGACGAGACUAAACCUCUGAAGACAGAAGAGGUUCCGCCACCAGACUACGAUGACGGCGAGGUGUCCUUCAGCCUAAACUCUAAAGUGAAGAACAUGGCUGACGGAACCAGUUUGCCUGGCAAAGCCGGAGGAAAGCGGUCCACAGAAGGGGUCGGUCUACUGGGAGGUCAGAGAAGCAUCUCGAACUACGAGAUCAGCGCCAGCAAACAGGUCGCCUCAGAGAAACCUGCUAACGUGCCCACUUACAUCGGUUCUUCCGUGCAGAACGGAGUGGUAAAGAAAGAGAAGGAAGAAGAAGGAGAAGGUGUGAAAGAAGAGAGCCAGGUGAGCUCGGACAUGGCUUUACAGAACCUCCUGGACUACGAAGGGAAGUGGAUGUUGUUUGAUGACUCGGAGGUUAGACUGUUUGAGGAAGAAGAAUUCCUACGUGCGUGUUCUCCCGAGACCUGUUCCACCUCCACACCUUACCUCCUCUUCUACAGGAAGGUCUCGGGAGAAAUAAGAUAAACGAAAACUAAAUAAUGUCCAACAUUUGGAAAGAGGUGGCUUGUCAUGGUUGCACAGGAAGCAAGUGGAGGUUUAAAGGAAUACUCCAGGGAUGAAAAACGAAUUGGUCUUCCACAUGUGAAGCAUGCAGCAUUACCCCAGCAAGCCACACGAGUAGAAAUGUGUCGCCUAUAACAAAGUUCCUGUCUGGGACAUUUGCAUGUGUGCUUCAAAUGCAGAAGGUGAUUGUUUAAAAAAAAAAAAAAAACAUGUAUUCCUUAAAUGCCUCAUAGCUGUAAAUAUAUAUAUGUUUUCUAUGCCAUGAUGCUGUAUCUCUGCCUGUAUGUGAUUUUUCUAUUCUUUUAAUCUAUUUUCUAUUUUUCUUUUUUUUUCUUUUUUGUUCCUUU